ACAGUGAUCGGUAUGUACAGGAGAGGAGUGUGGAGGUAUGACGGUGAUCGGUAUGUAAAGGAGAGGAGUGUGGAGGUAUGACGGUGAUCGGUAUGUACAGGAGAGGAGUGUGGGGGUAUGACAGUGAUCGGUAUGUACAGGAGAGGAGUGUGGGGGGUAUGACAGUGAUCGGUAUGUACAGGAGAGGAGUACGGAGGUAUGACAGUGAUCGGUAUGUACAGGAGAGGAGUGUGGGGGGUGUGACAGUGAUCGGUAUGUACAGGAGAGGAGUGUGGGGGGUAUGACAGUGAUCGGUAUGUACAGGAGAGGAGUGUGGGGGGUAUGACAGUGAUCGGUAUGUACAGGAGAGGAGUGUGGAGGUAUGACAGUGAUCGGUAUGUACAGGAGAGGAGUGU